AUAGAACUUAAAUUAGUCUGUCAGAUUAGCAGGUUCACAUUAGUUGUUCUACUAGUCGUUGCAGGCAGAACAUCAGAAGAUGAGUUCUCUAACGGUGUUUGGUUUGCUGUGUCUUGCGAUGUCAAUCCAACCAGGAUUUGCGGAUCUUGUCGAAUACAAGAUAGUUGUAAAAACAGGUGAUAAACUGGGAGCAGGAACUGGCUCUAAUGUUUUCAUCAGUUUGUUUGGUUCAAGAGGAACAACAGGCAGGAUUCCACUUGCACAUCAGCAUAAGAACAGCUUUCAGAGGGGAGUUCAGGAUGAGUUUAAUGUGUCUUACUUCAACGUUGGACGAGUUCACUCUAUUGAAAUUGGACAUGACAACGUUGGAUUGCUGUCAGGCUGGUUUCUUGAUCAUGUCAUCGUGACCCAAGCAGUGGCAGCAGUGGACGAGCAUAAUGUGAAACCAGGCUCCACAACCUACAGGUUUGACUACAACAACUGGAUCUCUAAACACGAAGGAGACGGUUCACUUGUCAAGACCAUAAAAGUCGCAUCGACAGACGUCAAACCGGCUUAAAGCAAUAUUCAGGCACAAAUUCCCUGCAAUGGAAUAUUUGGAUUUAAAAUUAAAAGAAAAUCUAAAUUAUUAAUCUAUGAUUUUAAAACAUGCUUCUUUUUAAAAUGCAUUUUAAAUGAAAAUAUUAGAAUUAAAACGUUGAAAAGAAAACAUUUAGUUUUGGGAUUAAUAAUUACAAUAAAAUAAAGUAAUAUCAAAUAUU